AUGCAAAUUUUAACUAAAAACAUUUUUAGAAAAUUUGCAUUCACUCCAUUUUUCUCUUUCUCAUCUAAGAGAGAUUUGUAUGGUAAUACUAUAUUUAAGAAAUUAGAAUUAUUGGGAGUACCUAAGAAUGCAUCAUAAAAUGAUAUCAAAAAGGCUUAUUAUGGAUUAGCUAAGAAAUAUCAUCCAGAUGCAAAUCCAUCAAAGGAUGCUAAAGAGAAGUUUGCUGAAAUAAAUAAGUAAUAAUUAUAUUCUAUUAUUCUAGUGCAUAUGAAACAUUAUCAGAUGAUAAUAAAAGAAGAGUGUAUGACUAAGUUGGUAUGACAGGAGAUGAACAGGAUUAAGCUGGAGCUUAGGAUCCUUUUGCUGCAUAUAGUAGUUUCUUUAGAUAAGGAGCAAGAGGAGGUAGAGGAUAAGAAUUCGAAUUUGAUGAAUCAAUUUUUGGUGAUUUUGCAUCCUUUUUUAAUAUGGGAGGAGAAGCUGAAAGAACUAUUAAAGGAGCUGAUAUUUAUGUCUAAAUGGAUAUUUCUUUUAUGGAUAGUGUUCAAGGAUCACAAUAAACAAUUUAAUUUGAGAGAGUUGGUACAUGUACUACAUGUAAUGGUACUAAAUGUAAACCUGGUACUGCCCCAGGAAGAUGUACAAAUUGUGGAGGAAGAGGAUCUAUCAAUUAUAGAUAAGGAGCUAUGACUAUAUAAAUGUCAUGUACUAAAUGUAGAGGAACUGGAAUUUCAAUUAAAAAUCCAUGUAUCUAUUAUAUUUCAUUGAUUUAUAGGUACUUCAUGUAGAGGAGUGGGUAUAUAGAAAUAGUCAACAAAUGAAACAAUCAAUAUACCAAAGGGAAUAGCAGAUGGUCAAAACUUGAGAGUGACAGGUAAAGGAAAUGUUGGAGAAAAUGGAGGAAAAUCAGGAGAUCUUAUUAUUAAAAUUUAAGUUAAAUCUGAUCCUUACUAUAAAAGAGAUGGUUAUGAUUUAAUUACUAAUGCUUAUAUUUCUAUUGCUUAAGCAGUUCUAGGAGAUACAAUAAAAGUUAAGACUUUGAAUGGAGAUAAGUAGGUUUCUGUGAAACCAGGUUGUUAAGAUGGAGAGAAGAUGAGAUUGAGUGGUUUAGUAUAUUCUAUUAAAAAUAUUAAAGGGAAUUAACAAAUUGGCACCCAAUUAAAAUUAGAAAGGAGAUUAGGUUAUCAAUUUUAAAAUACAAAUACCUACAAAAUUAAAUGAUUAAUAAAGAGAGAUAUAUCAAGAAUUAGCCAAAGUAUUUAUUUUUAUUAAUUAUAAUAUAGUUGGAGAAAGCGUAAUUCCAAGAUUAGAAUGAUGAUGGGGUUUUUGAUAAAGUCAAGAAUAUUUUCCAUAAAUGAG